AUGUCAUCGGCAUUAAUGCAAGACCAACAUCACGAUGCAGAUAUCUCAAACGUCGGAGAAGAUGAAAGCUCACCGUUCAGUGGCCUCCCAGAAACUCAACAGAUAGCUUCUUGCUCGAGACGCUAUCCAUUCAUAUCCAAUAUGGAGACUCCCGCCGCCUAUUCGCUUGCAACGACAACCUCGAAGACUGCUGCGCGCAGGCGCACCCUUCAUCUUCGACUCGGUCCACUCGCUACUCAAACAAUGGCCCAAUACAUAUUCCCCCAACGGCCACUCCAUCGUGAUGGGAACGGUUCCACCAAACACCCCCCUGUUAUAUCACCCCAGACCUGA